AUGAAAUCCCAACUGUACCUGACGGUGUCUGAGAAUCCCUCGCCGGCACCGAUCAUAAUCCCCCUCCGCGCCUCUGGCCCCCCACACCAAAACUUUUCCGCCGCUGCCGCCGCUCCUCGGUGGUGGCCGCCGCCCUCCGCGCCGCGCCGCUCCCGGCCGGCCCUGCUCCCCGCCGGCCUCCGCCGCUCCGGAGCGACCCCCGCGCCUCCCGCCGCCCUUAUGAGGCAGCGGCAUCGUCGUCUCCCCUUCUCCGCCACCUCCUCCUCCGGCGCGCAACCCGCGGCUCUGGCAUCCCCAACGCACUUUCUCGCCUCGAUGGUGAAAGGAUCACAUGAGGAGCAGGCACGGGGAUCCCGGACCCUUGGAAGUCGAAGGCGGCAUCGGACACAUAUAUCCAUUGAUUCCUACUACAGAUUAUACAUCAUUGAUUUCUUCAUGCAACUGCUUACAAAUGAUGAUAAAAUUAUAUAUGAACCUUCUCUGCACAAGUAA